AUGGCCGGAAACUCCGCAGCUCCCGGCUCAAAUCCCGCUGCCCCCUGGCCCCUCCUCUCCUCAAGCAUGCCACGUGAAAUGAUGGGUCGAAUGCACUCGUUCUCUACUGUGGCGGCGCAUCACUGCCAGCGUCCCAGGAGCCCGGUAUCGAUCACGCUUCAACCACAUGCCCAUAUAGCCGUUUGCGGAGACCACCGCCCAGCCUUUUUGUCCUUUCACGUUGCUAUCAAGCCUCCAUACCCACGUUUCAUUUUCCGGUACCGCCAGCUUCAUCUUCCUCGUCGCCUCAUGGCUGCUUGCGGUACAAGGUUCCCAAGGCGCGCACAUGUCUUCUUUGAUAUGGCCGUCCUCUCACCCAUGAACGAAACAGCAGAUGAACCAACAGACCAUCCCAGGACGGUCUGGACUAUCCUCCCCCGGCCCGAGGUCACCUGCCUCUUGCACCACCCGAACCCGAACCCGAACCUGCUUCCGGCCGUACGCUCGAGUCUCCAGUUGCUGAAUCCUCCCCCGUUUGCCACACGACGAGACGCCGGCCUUUGGCAACUUCGCCAUCGCCCGCACCACGGAAGCCACAGAAAAAGAACUCUAUGCUCGAUCCGACUCUGGGAUACCGUUGAGAAGAAGCCUCGCCACGGGUUUGCCGAACCAAAUCGCUGGGGGUUCGUUUCCCUCCACCCCCCUCAGUCUCGUCGACUACCCGUUCUCCCCACGAGCUCUAGCUCUGCUACCCAUCGGCUCUAA